AUGUCCUCGGGUUCUAAUAACGAUGCCAAUACCACACCCCGCGACGAGUCGCCCCCCGGUUCCCCCCCGUCCGCUUCUGUCUCGCUUCAGGCUGCCGCUACCCUGAACGCUGGAUUGCGACGCUCUUCGAACAGCUCAUUGCGUGGCCAUCAGUCCCCCAAUCAGCUAGGCCGCCGCCGAUCCAUCCUCAUGAAUCUACAGCACAACGACCCCACGAUGCCUGCACCGGGAGAGAUGGUAAGCGAGCAGCACAGUCAUGCUGUCAGUCCACAGCUUGGCGCGGCAUCUCCUAGCACAGCCGAUCCUCACCAUCAUAGGGCGCCUAGCCUUGGUGAGCUGCACCAGGAGCUCGAAGCAGAGCAAGAGGCACAAGUAGUGAGUCCUCGUACGGCCGUGAUCUUUGACCCCGGAACUGACCUAGACGUCCAGAAUCGGUUGCUUCAGCAAAUCCGACAGCAACAGCUCGAACUGAGUCGUCUCCGGGAGAGCAACCCAUCCGCUCUCGCCGAGAAUAGCAGCGCAGUGUCGGAGCGCUCGAUCCAGGGAACGCCCAUCCCCCAACAAGGCUCACAGCAGUCGCUGCAGCACGCGGCACCUCCAAGCUCAUAUUCGCGAUCACCCAGUUUCCGACAUAACCGUAUGUCUGGAGGCGAUCUGACGAGAGCAGACCUGCACCGGCGAUCACGAACCCCUAGCCGUGGCGCGUCCCCAAGACUGAGGUCUACUUCAAUCAGUCAAGAGAGCGGUGACUGGGCGCUUGGUGGCAGAGAUGAGAGCGCAUUCUACCAGGCUGAGACGCAGAUGCUCACCCGGGAGAAUCAGAUGCUCCGACACCGGAUUCGCGAGUUAGAAAAGCAACUCUCGGAAGUUUCAGGCGGAGGUGCUGCGAGCAACGCACCAUCGAUGCAGUCAUCGUUGAUGCGGUCGACCAGUAACGUGGCAGAAGCCGAUGCGUCUGAGGAGGGGAAUAAGGGUGAUUGA